GCAUUCCUGCCACCAGACAUUCCUACGCUCGACGAUGCCAGCAUCAAUAGGUGAAUGAACUGCACCGCCACCUCCUGAUUAGCCUGCCUAUUGCCACUUUCCGUCGUCUUCCUACAGACUUGGGUUAGACACAAGAGGAAUGCGGUCAGACUUCCUGCAGUCCAUGGACCUCGAGCCUCAGUAUGGCAUCCUUAUCAUAGCAUCCUCCAUCUUUGUCGCCUUUCUUGCUGGAACGUGGCUGCAUUCCAGAAGCAAAGAUGGGCAACGAGCGCCUCCUAAUUCCAAUUUGCCGUUCGGGGGUGACCUGCUAUACGUCAUGUGGGAUAUGAAGGCGUGUUUUGAUAGUGUAUUAAAAGCAUUUGAUGGACUCCCUGUGCGACUUCGUCUGAUCUUCACCGACAUGUUCGUCGUCUUUGGUCCGGAAAACGUCAAUACGGUGUGGAAGUCGCCCAACCUGCACCAUCGAGCGUUCCGCAAUGCUUCUCUGAACACCAUGUUCAAGAUCUCGCAGGCGCAGCAUGACUUUUACGUCUCGGACGAUUCGGGGCAUUCUGAGCGACCGACGCCGGGGUCCAAGAGACCUCCGCAUCUGCGUGUUGAUUACGCCGGAAUGAAUCCGGUCCAGAAACUGCUGACCGGCCCAGCGUCAAAGCUGCUUGAAGAUCGCCUCAAUGCGAAUUUGUGGGAAUACUAUACCCAGACCAGCAUCAGCACAUCAGAGUGGACUGACCUGGAUGAUCUAUGGUCGUUUGUGCGAAAUGCAUGUUCGACGUCGAUUUUGAGAGCAAUAUACGGGGAGCGGCUCCUGGAGGUUAUUCCGACGUUUAUAGAAGACUUCUGGACCUUUGACAAGACCAUCCACAAGCUCUCGCAGCGGACCCCCCGAUGGCUCUGUCCACAGGCGUACAAGUCGCGCGACAAAUGCAUUGACGCCGUCAUUAAAUGGCACGCCGAUAUCGAGCCUACCGUCAGAAAGGCUACGCCAGGCGAAGUAGCCUGGAGUCCCAUCUACGGCACCGAUGCCAUCCGCGCUCGUUUGACUGCUUGGGCUCAGAUGCCCGUCUACGUAGAGGAUCCGGGCACAUCGGCGGCAGACGACCUCGCAUUCAUAUGGGGUGCAAACGCAAACUUAAUCCCAGCCUCCUUCUGGAUGCUCGUCGAAGUCCUGCACAAUCCGGCCCUCCUAUCCGACGCCCAAGCCGCCAUCGCCCGAUGCACGACCACAACCACAUCCACCACGCCCAACACCACAACCAUCCCAAUCGACACAACCGCCCUCUCCACAAACCCCCUCCUCCAAGCCAUCUACGCCGAAACAAUGCGCCUCCACGUCAGCACCCUCCUCCUCCGCAGCCCAGCCCGCGUCCCCCUCCCCCUAGGCCCCUACUCCAUCCCGGCCGACACAUCUAUCCUAAUCUCCUCCCUCCACGCACACACCGACCGGCGCGUCUGGCACAGUCCCGCUUGGCCCGUGGAUACGUUUCAGCCGCUCCGCUUUCUCUCCCCGGCCUCGGCAUCAGCUUCGGCAUCUGCGCACAGGGAGCACGUGCCAGACACGCCCAUAAAAACCAACACAGAUAAUACUCAGGAACAGCAGCAGCAGCAAGCACAGCAACUUCAAGACCAGCAAUUCUCCCUAGCCCCCUACAAAAACGCCUGGAUCCCCUACGGCGGCGGCGCGAAUAUCUGUCCGGGCAGGCAUUUGGCCAAGAAGGCGAUGAUGGGCCAUCUUGCUGUUGUGCUGACGUUGUUUGAGUUUGAUACUGGUGGGGAUGGGGGUGUGCCUGGGGAUGAUAUGGAGCGGUUUGGGCUGGGGACGUGUGCGCCGGAUCGGGAGGUUAGGGUUCGGGUGCGGAGGAGGAAGGGGUGAAGGGGUGAGUGAGAUGGGGGAGUGUGGAGGAAGGAGGAGGUGAGGGGCGUGAGGGAGGGAUAAAGGAACUCAGAACAUACACCUUGAGAAGAAGACAUCGAGUAAACCCCUAUUAGAACAGAAAUUAUAUAUAAGAACAUACCACAUCCUAUCUCAGUCUUAGUCUCGGUAUGCGUAGACUCGAUAUGUGAGCAUCUAGAGAAAAGAAAAGACUAAAACUCCAAAGGAAUAAAAAGAAAUGCAUCGACCGAGAAUCGAACUCGGGUCGAGUCGAUAUCCUGAAAAAUGCCCCCUUACCGUAGAACAGAGAAGGGAACGAACUGGCAACGACUCAGUAUACCACUAACCCACCGAUGCAACUUCCUGUACAGUUCUGUGAUGGAUAUGUAUUUAUUUGUCUCUGUUGGUUUUCUUUUUGCGAAUAUGAGGGUGUGGG